GCCUGGCGCCACUUACUCCCCAUACUCCUGAAAGCCUUGACAUGCAAGGCUCGGUUAAGAGCUCAACCCAAGGCAAUUGCGGAGGCAUGUCACAAAUGCCCUUGUCAAGGGUAUGAUUCUGGAAGAAACGGCACGUAGAGGUCAGACAGGAGGCAUUGGUAUAAGAGCAUCGUGGUGUACAACAUAGAGAGGGCAGCGUUGAUCGUUGUUUGUAUUCUUCUUCUUGUUUUAAAUUUACCAAAAUACAUAUUCUUCAAUCUAUCAUUUACCCUCUUUAGCAUUCUCAAAGACCCCAAACAUUUCACGAUGUAUACUCUUCAACUCUGCGUUCUCUCCCUGCUAGCAGGCGCAUCAAUUUCUCAACCCCUCAAGGCCCGUCAAGCUCAGCCAUGUUUCCUCGUCGGCAGCACCGCCCUCCCAGCCGAAACCCAAGAAAUCGCAGAUGAGCUCGCUGCCAGCAUAACCUGCGACACCUCGAGCACCCCCAUCGGCAACGUCCCGGACGUCAAAACCGCCUCCGGAACCACCUUCUCCUCCAUCGACUUCUCCACCUCCGGCUCCACUCCCCUCCAAUUCGCCCUCGACAAGUUCGCGACCGCAGACCCCCUCGCCUCAUCCGACCUCGCGACCUUCCAGGACAAUCUCGACGUCUACCUCGCCACGGAGGCCGGAAUCCGAAGCGAGGGAGGCAGCCUCGCGAUCAAGGUUCCGAAGUUCUUCCUCGCGUUCCAGGUUGCGAGGAUAAAGACGGCUCAGGGCAUCGCGAUUGAGGAUCCCGGACAGACGGUGGAGCAUUUGCUCGGCAAGGUGCAGAAUAAUGCGAAGGGGGAGAAUAGUGCGUUGUUGGAUCAAGUGAAUCAGCUUGCGACGCAGUUGGCCUGAAUGGUGGUGGAGUGAGGAUGGAUGGGACGGUGG